AAACAACAGUCGUCGCACAAUACUAAACGCAAACUGACUCACACACAAUGUGCAUAGCCGUUAUUUGGGCCUUGAUCACCUUUGCUUCUACGGUAACCACCUAUGACUAUGGUGAUUCCACCUCCUGCGGCACGGCUGAGGUGCCAGCGGGAGAAAAAGGGCUUAUGGACGCCUUCUGCAAUCCCGAACUCACGCACCCUUCCAAGCUGAACCAGCUCAGGCACUGCGUCUGCGACGACGGUUACGUGCGCAACGCUUGGGGCCACUGCAUCACUUACAAGGAGUGCGACAUGUGCAACUCACUGCCCAACCACGACUUCCACAACUGCGAGUCCGCGUGCCCCCUGACCUGCGGCGAACCGGUCCCCACGAGGUGUACGCUCCAGUGCGUGUCAAGGUGCGCCUGCGCACCGGGAUACGUGCGUGCAAGUCACCAGGAGGACACGUGCGUGCCCGUCAGCCAAUGCUCCCCGAUUUGCCCCGUCAACUCCACCUUCGAGCUUUGCGUGCACGGUUGUACGCCACAGUGCCGCCAGAAGGCGCCCGCCGCGGACUGCAUACCUUCGUGCCACAGGGGCGAAUGCGUCUGCAAAGCGGGCUAUGCUAUGGACAUUAUAAACAGUGCACAUUCCACGAAGCUACGCAACAUGCUGGAUGCAAUGUCAACAACACACCUGCCGGCAGACUUUAUCGCUCAGAUCCAGCUCUUCAAGGCAUCUUUGGACUCAAGUCAGAUGUGCGCAAACGCUUUCGGUUUCUUCUCACUGGAUAAAGGCCUGCUGGUAUCCACCGCAGCGAGCGUCCUUUCUUUCACUAUACUCCUGGUGCAAACUGGACAGGAGUUCAAAACUGGCUGAUGCCUCCAAACCCAUCGGAAACGCAACAUUUGCGACUUCAUCACGAAGCAUCUUAGCCCCCGUUGGAAGCGCACUGUUCUCACGGCGCUAAUAAAUAGCAU